CCUAACCUGUGACUGCUGGCUUAAAACGAACCCCCCGGUGUUGGAUUGAGGAGGUAAGAUGGCGGGAUAUACCUCGGGUUCCGUGAUAGGACUUAUUACGUUCCUUACCGCUUUAGCCGUGGCUGUAGUGACACCGUACGUAGGAACGGGUAUCUACUUCAAAAAGAUGAGCCCUCGGGUAGUGUCCACCCCAUUUGGAGAAUUCCGGGGCAUCCUAAGAGAGUUUCCUGUUAACAGCUCUCUUCUACCCGUUCAUGUUUACCUAGGCCUUGAAUACGCCUCCCUCCUAGGUGGUAGCUUGCGAUUCCUACCGCCGGGGAGUCCGAUCAGACAGAAAUGGGUGGGAUCCAGGGUGAUCACCAAGUUCAAAAAAGCCUGUCCCCAAAGACUGAUUCGACCGGAACUCUUGGACAAAUCCAUAGCUAAGGAGUAUGUGGAAAGGCUUAAACGCCUGGCUGUUUUUGUAAAGGAUCAAACGGAGGACUGUCUUUCCCUUAAUAUUUACGUCCCGAGUAAAGAUCUGAAUGACACGUCAUCCGAGGCGAUGCCUGUGAUGGUCUUCAUCCAUGGUGAGUCUUAUGAGACGGGAACCGGAAAUGCGUACGACGGAAGUGUGCUGGCGAGCUUCGGCAAGGUGAUUGUUGUGACCUUGAACUACCGCAUGGGAGUGCUCGGUUUCAUGAGCACUGGCGAGGGAGACACGUCGGGAAACUACGCCAUCUUGGAUCAGAUGGCUGCAAUGCACUGGCUGAGAGAGAACAUACAGAGUUUUGGGGGUGACCCCAACAGAGUUACUCUCUUCGGGCACGGGUAUGGGGCAGCCCUGGUGAAUAUUCUUCUGGUAUCGCCAGUCACCAAAGAAUACAGGAAACAACACGGCCCCUUAUUCCAGAGAGCCAUUCUGCAGAGUGGGUCGGCUCUCAGCUCCUGGGCCGUCGCCAUGGACCCCGUAGAGUGCACUCAACGAUUGGCUGCAAAGGUCAACUGCUCUCAGUUUGUGGACGAUCCCAUCGCUUUGUUGGGCUGUUUCAGGAACAAGAGCUACGUGGAUUUGGUCAACGCUGCUCCAAUGGCGCCAAAGUACUACUCGUGCUUCGCGCCUUCCAUAAGUCCUCAGAGCAGCGUGCUUCCACACUCUGUUGAGGAUUUACACAAAAACCCCGUGUCCAUCUUCAAAACGGCCCAGCUGAUGUUCGGUGGCACCAAACACGAGGCUUAUGGCUACUUGAAACAAUCGGAAAUAGAAAACGGUAUAUCUGAGGAAAGGAAGACUCAAAUUCUGAGGACAUACGUACAUAAUACAUUCCGAUACCACAGGCAAAAAAUAUACGAAAUUCUCGAUCACCAUUACACCGACUGGGACCGCCAUGUUGAUGAUCACGCGAGAAGAGACGGUAUUCUCGAGCUCCUUGGAGACGGACAGUUCGUUGCCCCCAUGAUGAAAGUCGGUAAUUACCACGCCAAAGUGUCAGACACCUACCUCUAUAACUUUGGAUACUCAUCUCAGGCUGCCCUCUAUCCUCGCUGGGCCGGAGGGGUGUUUGGUGACGAACUGCCUUAUGUCUUUGGGGCGCCACUCGUCGAUGGGGUGUCGCCAUUUCCCAACGAGUACUCCAAAACUGAGCGCAUGCUCAGUGAAGCAAUCAUGAGAUACUGGACAAAUUUUGCAAAAACUGGGAAUCCGAAUUUACCCAACGCUCAAACAUCUGAGCAUGCCGGAAGAGUCAAAAAUAGGUUUGUGGAUAUUGACUGGCCAACAUAUGACCCUGUCAAACAGGAGUAUCUCUCCGUCGGGAAGAGACCAAAAGUGGGUCAUCAUUACAGGGGUCGUCAGCUGGCUCUUUGGCUUGAUCUUAUCCCCAAACUCCAUCAACCUGACGGGCAGGACCCCGAACAUCAUCUACUAGAUCAGCCAGAGAAUAUGUCCACGUUUGAUGACCCCACAAGGCUGCUGACAAAGUUCAAGGACGUGUUUCCCCCACCGCCACCAACGGCUCCUCCCACUCCACCCUCCAAAGGAGAGCACACCAAAGACUACGCGGAGAUGUCAUCCCAGGGGUGGUUAGGGCCGACAGAGGACGACGCGUUUACGAUUCAAGCGGAGAACCUGACACCUUACCCAUUGGAAGGUUCCUCAAACCACGGCCACUCGAACAGUUCUGCACCCGCGGGGAUAACAAUGAACAGCAGCUCUGUACCGCUCAGUAUCACUAUCGCCGUCGGCUGCUCGCUGCUCUUCCUCAACAUCCUCAUUUUUGCCGGAAUCUAUUACCAGCGCGAGAGGAUCAAAAAGAUCCGCAAGCAACGCGAAGAUCCGGACGACAUUCGUCUCACGAGGAAAAUCGAACGCGAAGUGGCAAAAAAUAUGGGACCAGAGUCAGUAAGUUUAUUACCCACGCCGACUCCGCAAGCUCCCCCCGUGAACAAAGUGAUGGAGGAUCGGCCGAGUGCGCCGCGACAGGCCGUGCCCGUACGAACUCCGCAACCCCCAGCGGGUGCGUUUUCCUACACAGCGUCGUCCAACUCUAUGCAAAGACAGUCGCCCGGACGCGGGACUAAAGCCCAAAACGGCAGCUCCACUCCACAGAUAGUACAAAAGGACAGUGAUAGGCAUAAAGCGCAUGAAAUUCAUGCCACUUUUAGGGACGGUGUACCGCCGGCAUACAACUCCACCACGGCCGUAUAGUAGUGUAACACCUUUCAUUAGUAACUUCUCUUGUGUAACAUACGAUGUCACGAACAUCACUGACAUCCUGUAUAAAUAUGACAAUGUUAUUUAUGUAGUGAUCAUGAAACAUAUCCUUCUGUGGCAUGGAAGAUCAAUCUAAAAUGCUUUAAAAUAUUUGUUUUCUACUUUACGGUUUCUGGCUGCUCUGUGUCCCGUGCUUUGCUCCUGUGAGUUGUUCGGAAUGGAUGUCUUACUCUUCAUAUUCUUUGCGGAGCGACGUUGGAAGCAGGAUAACAUGUAAUUAAUUUUUCACCUGCACCGUGUUUGAAAACUUCCCCAAGCCUGUAAUGUUUCAUACAGAAAGGUCAUUGAUAUUUACCAUGUUCUGGAAGUGUCUUUUUAAAGAGAUUGGAAGCAUUUGUUGUGUUCAUGAUAAUUUGGAACUUCGUUGUGGUCUCUAGUCCAACGUGUAAAAGACCAGAUAUGUUUCUUACAUUUUCAGCCAUACUAUGCCCAGAUCAGGACGACUUAUACUCCGGCGUUCACAUGUUAACUGGAGUGUCUGGUGAAGAAAAUUUCUUCACUUCAGUAACAAUAAUAACAUUAGGGUAAAGUGUAAAUCGAAGUCCCUGUGUAAGUAGGCUUGUGUAAACAAAAGUAAACAUUUGCUUCAGUGGUUGAUGUUUUUCGGAGAUCUUCGGUAUUUUUCGGAGGUCUUCGUUGUUUUCGGGAGGUGAGAUAUACUUUAUUACACUUCAGCCUUCAGAAAGUUUUCUUUCUUUUCUGUACCUAAUCAGAGUGGGAACUGACUGUUAGCUGACAUGCAGUGACUUGGAAUGCAUGUUACCAGGAAGAACCUAUAUUUUGAUUCAUCGGUGUCUACCCUUUAACUGCUUGUGUAUUUAAUCAAAUUAGCAAAUGUUUUGCAGCAUAGCUAUCUACCUUAAACAUGAUUUUAUUUUGUUUUUGUUUUUAAAAUUAAUAAGUAAAUAUUAUGUACAUUGAUAUAUACACUUUUCAUUUUAAUUAUGCCAGGAUACAGUUCCAGUUUUCUCCACAAUUUCGACAAACAUAAAAAAAUAAACGAAAUAAUGGGAUUAUAUUUGUCAGUGAUCCUAAUUUUAUACUUCGUUCGAUAUAGAUAUGACUGUUACUUAUUGCAAUGCCAAAGGGGGACAACCCAAUUAUUUGUAGGGCUUAAGCGUAAAUUAGUUUUACACCUAUAGCUAUUUUUUUCUUUUCACUUCUAUAAAUAUUUGCUUAUAUAACUCAAGACGUUAACAUCCAAAGAAACUCAUCGUUAUGUCACUGCCAUCCAUUGUCACAUCCGCCAUACUUUGGGAGAGCGAAAAGUUUACUUUGAAUUGGUUGAUCGUAUACCGUGAUCUCGACAACGUAUGGGUCAGAUGUUUGAAUACUGGUAUAUGUUGAAAUAUUUUGGAAACCAUACGUUUUCUUUCCAGAUUUAUGUGCUUUCAGUUAUGUUAGAGGUUUUUGAGAAUUGAUGUAUUAAAAAAAGGAUCACGUGAUAAUAGAUGUGUUUGAACGAUGGGCUGUGUUGCCGUGGUGUACAUAAUGUGUUAAUUAUCGUGUGAAUGACGCCGCAUUAAACGCCAGAGAGCUAAAUUCGUAAUGUGGUAGCAAAAUGUGAAAGUUAUUCAGUGCUUUAAGUAAUUAAUCAGCUUUAAAAUAUUGUCAUCACCCACAACAGAAUUAGCACUUUACGCUGGCACGGCCUAAAUCAACAGCCUUGGGUGACAAACUUCUGGUUAUGGAUACAGAAUUCACCUGCUAGCACAAACAGCACAUCUUUCCGUGGCGAAUAUUUCAAAGGAAUUUACAUAACGAGAGCUAUGCCGAUUAUAACAGCACAGUUUAGGUAAGGCAUACGACGUUGGUGACCUUUUUCUGGACGUAUAUUCCCUAUGUGACCUUUCUUCGGCUGUAUGUGAUUGACAGAGGUCAGUUGGAAUGUAAAGGAUGUCCAUACUGUCACUGGGGUAUCCUUUGUCACGUUUUGCUGAUGGUGAAGCAGUAUAUCAAAAAGGUGUGUUUUUUUUGUGCUGAACUGAGUAUGCAGGGGUGUUUUUGUUGUGUGAAAUGAAGGUACUAUUUAUGUUCACAUGUCUUGUAAAAUGUCAGAUGUGUAUUAACCAGAAAACAACGCUUCUGAUAGACAAAAGUGAAAUUAUCUACUACAUAUUGUGCCAUGGGUCCCCGGAAGAGUCAAUAUCCAUUUUUCUUUGGAUGAUCUCAAGUGCAAUUGACACAGCUAAAUUUUGUUGCCAGGCUCUUGUGAUAAAGACAACGUGCAAUAUGUUACCGACACCGUUCGUCAUUGCGUGCCCACGAUUGUGUGUUUGAUGCUGGCAUUAAGUAUGACUGUGAGAUUUGGCAGUACAAUUUUCCAGUAAGCUAACUUAAAUUGUUUCCCUUCUAAAACGUCUCGAGAAUUCAUGUUAAACAGUCUUUUUUGCACUACGCCGUAAUCGCUUUUGGGUAACCAUUCGACAUAUUUUUGAAAACUCCAAUUAAACUGUCUUUUGUUGUAUUUUCUUUUCUAAUAAUUUACGUACAUGAUUAAUCGCUAUGUUGUAAUACAAAACAACGCAAUACACAUUACAAAUGUGUUUUGUUUUUUAUGAGCUGUACAAAUCUCUUGUCGGUGUGCGUUAGCAUUUUGCGUGCGCAGCAUUGUUUAACGGAGUCUCAGUCUGCUUCUGUAAAUGACAGGCGUCGUGUUAAAUCUUAUGCUGGAGCAGACUUGAUGCUUAUCCCCACACUACGUAUUUACAUCAACCGAAUGUUUCCAGUUUAGCCCCAAGGGACUUGGACAAAAAAAAACCCAUCAACUCUUCAUAGCCUAACCAGCGUCCAUCGUAGCCACGUAUAUAGCGUCUUUUAAAAAAAUGUGUUCACUAUUGCCAUCUCACGACUGAUGUCACAAUCGUGACAAUGGCAUGUGGAAAUGCGACAUCGAAUACGACAUCAGCACCACUCUCAACCAGCAUUUGUGAAUGUGUUGAUAUUCACAGUAAAGUCAGUAAUGUCCAACCACGAACUGCUGUCUAUACGAUUCAGUCUGAAUGUUCGUUCGUACAAAUGUAUCUCAUCAGGUCUGUUUAUAAUUCAUUGUUACAACAUGUUGUUGCAUUAUAUUGUUGACCAUGAAUGUUUCUGUUCUUUGUGUUUAAGACGCCGCUGGUGGCGUCUUAAAAAUGUACACCGGAUUCAGUGUACAGUGUAUACCGUCUGCUGGCUGGUGGCAGAUACAGAUUUCACUGUGUGAGAGGUGAUAUCGGUGCAUCUCACAGCCUAAAUGGCGAGGUGAUACAUCUAGGUACUGUACCAUUGUAUAGUGUGUCUUUUACGCCUCUUAUUCGGCAGUUGCUCAGAUUUGUAUAAUACGAUAUAUAUCGGCUGGAAA